AUGUCUACUCUUCCCAAACCGCCUCUGGGACUCGACGUCAAUGAGACCAAAGUCCCGUCCCUUGUAUCCGGGUUUACGGUUACUUGGGUAUUGGGACUAUGGUCUGUUAUUCUUCGACUCAUUGCCCGAAGGCUUACCAACACCAAGCUGUGGUGGGACGACUGGCUUAUUUGUGCUUCGCUUAAGGCGGCACUGUUCGCCAUCUUCGCAGUAGGGCUGUUUAUUACUGUGGUAUCAUUGAUACGGAUGACCUACAUGAUUCGAUUCGAUCAUUCCGAUCCAUCUGUCAAUUGGGAAUUCAGCGACGAGAUGAUGUGGACCGGCGUCGAGGUUAACGCGGGUAUUGUUUGUGCCUGCCUUCCUUUGCUGAAGCCUCUGAUAAAUGUACUCAUCUAUAGAAACGUGUAUGGAAACUCACCACGACCAACCCAUGGAAAUUGCUCUCCAGCUAUACCCUCUAGCGGCUGUGGAGAGAUUGCGGGCGAUUCUCUGAGACUCGAUCCAUUUGGCCAUGGCACGAUGACUGCAUGUACUACGUCCAGGAGCACGCAGCAUGAUGAUGUUCGGACCGGUUCAUUAUCAACGGAUAAUGAGUUGGAUACAUUGCUGAAGGCAGAGCGCGAUCUCAAGUCAAAUCAUACGAGAAAAGAUGGUAGGAACAUGCAAGAUAAAGACAGCGCAGUGGGACAAACAGCAAACGGAGUCACGGUCACUAGGACAUUCGCAUCUCGUGUCGAAUAUGUCAAAUAG